AUGUAUCUGCAACUUGUUCUCCUAUUGUGAGAGUGGUAUAGACAUUGAAAACCUUUCUUUAUUUUUUCAAAUGAUCCAAAGAACAUACUAAGUGAUCUGAAGCCCCGGUCUCAAGAAUCCAAUUAUGUAGAUAAGGGAAGUUGAUAUUUGUAGACAAGGUAAAUUAACUUGAAUUCCUGUUGGUAAAAUUGGCAGCUGAGAAGGAUGGUCUAGUAGUCAGUUGUGAUUCCUGGGAACCUUUCUCUUACAUCAGAUUCAUGAGCUUCUCAUAGUCUACUUUGAUAAUUAAGCUUGACUAGCUUCCUGUUAUAAGUCAUAUUGAACGUUGCCUGAGCUUGUAUUUGCAUAGGUUUUACCUCUGGUGCUUCCUCUUUGUGGAAAUCCAUGUUUGUGAAAGCACAAGUCCUUAGUGUGCCCAUGCCUAUUAUUGUGAGUGAUUUCCAAUAUUCUUCCAGUUGAGUUAUCGGUUCUUGUGUUGAUACCACAAGGCCAUUCAUGCUUGUGAUAGUACAUAUCUUUUGUGUAACCAUGUAUCUUAUACCAAGUACAUAUCUUUUGUCCUUAAAUUUGUUGUUGCCUUGAGCAUUAAUCAUGGUCAUGGAUUCAGUGGUGAGACUUUUGUUUAUCAUUGUGCCAUUUUGUUGUCUCUCAUGAUGGAGCAUCCUUGCCAAAAAUCGAUCAACCGCUGGUAGUGUCUCACCUAACAGAACUUGUGACCUCGCACUAGAAAUAUUAUCAUCCAAUUAGCCUCUCAAGAACUUGAUCACAUGAUUGGUAUCCCUAUAUUCAAACACCUGUUUCAUUGCCCUAUAGUUAGUGUGACUCUCAGUUGUACAUACACUUGGCUCUAGAUGUUGGUAAUCGCCUAAAUUCACCCCUUAGAGCUAUCAGAUUUCCAUAGUAACCCAUGAUUGAAAGGUUACCUUGCUUCAAGAAGCAUAGAGAUUUAGUCAGCUCAUCAAUCAUUACCAUGUCACCCUAUCCAUAUCUAGCCCUUAAGUUUCUCCAUGCUUCAAGAGUUGUCUUGCCGGACAUAAUGGUUUUUCUGUUCCAUGACCAAGAUAAUGGACUUCCUUCUCUUAGAUCUGGUAAAGUGCCAAUUGAACCAAACUUCUUCUUGGAUCCUAAGGAAUUGCUGAUAGCUUUACUACAGUCAUUGUAGUUGGUUGGGUUAGUUUUUCUUCCAAUAGCUGUAGACCAAGGUGCUCAUAUCCAUGGAGAUAAUAGGGAUCUGCCAUGGAGAUAAAUGGUUGCAACCAUGCUCUCAUACCAUGAUGAAGGAAUUGAUGUGAAAACCCUAGAAGUCUUUGCUUCUUUCUCAUUGUAUAUAGAAAGCUUAUAUAGCUUUUGUUGCGUGGUGUUACAAAGCAUGCAUGAACAAAACCUUAAAGUUCAAGGAAAGUAGAAAAACUAGGGCUAGAAGAAAGUACAACCCCAAAAUAUAAAAAGAAAAAAAUUCACAACUUGAAGUGUUUUGAUAAUUUGCCAAAAAUGACGUCACUCCUGUUUGGACAACUUGUCGUUGUGGGUGAAACGGUAACUCCCUCUACCGUUCUGGGAUCAUAUUGUGCAUGGUCUUGCUUUAGGUUUGGGAAAGCCGAAUCCGCAAAUUAAAAAAAAAGAGUAAACACUAAUUAUCAACCAAACCUUUUUCUCAUUCUUUUUUAUUAGGAAAACCUAAAUCUUUUGUAAUGCAUCAAAAUUUUAGGCAUUUUUAUGUUACCAUUAAUAAUUUUGUAACUUUUUUUGUAGUUAAAAUACUAUAUUUUUUAAAUGUUGACCUCCGUGUGUCUUUUCUAAAUCAGUAUCAUGUUGCUAAGUGCAUAUUACUAACAAAAUUGCUAACUGGAAGUUAACAUUUGGUUAAUUAUUAGUAAUUCAAUAGGUUUGAAUAAUAAAAAAGAAUGUGAGAAAGGUUUAGCUAAUAAUUAGUAUUUGCCAAAAAAACAAUGCAUCCUAUAUUUUCAUACCAAAAGAGGAAAUAAGGAUAAUAUAUAGUCAAAAUCUAUGGUUGAAAGUUAAAAACUUACGUUUUUACACUUCUACGUCGAAUUGCAAUUUUGACUGCAUUGGUCAUAUGGUCAUUGACGGAUCUAGCCACUUUUGAGUAUGUUUCAGGACACCUAAAACAUAUGAAAAAAAAUUGAUGAUAUAUAUAUAUAUAUAUAUUCCAAAGGAAAUGCGAGUAAAUGUAUAUAGAUAGAAUGAAAAUAAUUUGAGUUAGAUUGCAUAAAUUGUGAGAUGACAAUAGAAAUAAUAGAUGUAAGUGAUUUUAUAAUUACAUUAAUGUGAAUGCUCUAACCUACUAGCCAUUCACAUGUAUUGAUAAUAUGUUAUCUUAGUAGGAACUAUGUAAUUAUUGUUGUGUUUUGAGAGAAUUGAAUUAUGGGAAUCAUGAUAUAUGAUUUUUAUUUAUUCGUAUUUCACGAUAAUCGACUAUGAAAUAGAAUUAAAACAACACAUAUGAUUAGGGAUAGUUGGUAAGGUUGUGCAUAUUAUUUUCGAUAAUUACUAAUUAUUAGCCAAUUCUUUUUCGUAUUUUUUAUAUUAGCCAUACCUAUUGAAUUACUAACAAUUAGCCAAAUCUUUUGUAAUGCAUCAAAAUAUUAUCCAUUCUUCUGUUACCGUUAAUAAUUUUUUAAUCAUUUUCUUAGUUAAAAUGCUAAAGUUUUGUAACGUUGACUUGCAUGUGUCUCUUCCAAGUCCGUAUCAUGUUGUCGAGUCAAUAUUACUAACAAAAUUGCUAACUGGAAGUUGACAUUUGGCUAAUUAUUAGUAAUUCAAUAGCUUUGGCUAAUAAUUAGUCUUUACCCUUUUAAUACUUUGGUUUAAUUCAUCCAACUAUCGAACAGGUUUAAAAUUCUCUUCAUUCCAUAAUUCUCUAACAUUUUGAUCGACUACAAAAUAGUGUAAAAAAGUACAUGAUAAGAAAUGGUUGGUUAAUCGACUACAAAAUAAAAUAGCUAGUGCAGGGGUUAUUUUUAGAUUUAACAACGUAAAUGACCGGCGCUACCAAUCCCGCCAGUGGUUGCUAUACCCCAGCAAUACUGGCGCUAGACCGACCGCCGCAACGGAAUGCCAGGGGUCGGCCCAACCGCUGAUGGAUGCUCUUGCAGCGGUUUUAAAUGGCCGUUUUUUCUUUUUUGUAUUCCCCAUGUGCCAUUGAGCUUUUUUUCCCCCAGCGGUGACCUAUGUUUUUGCAACAGUAUUGGAACCCUGUAAUUUGAUUUAGACACAACUUUUGACACUGUUCUAGAAAUGCGUCGAUAAAAGCUAACAAGUGAAUUUUAAAUUUUAAAUUCACAUAAAUUUCUAGAACCCCUGCUAUCUGCUGCAGCAUUUCAAUUCUCUGUAACUUUAAAAGUCUAAAUCACCCAUUACUCUUGCCAUUGAUUGCUAACUUCAUCCACAAUGCACAUUGUUCCUAGCACAAAUUAUCAUAAAUAAAUUGAAAAAAUAACAACUCAAAUCAAAAGAACAGUGUCAACUAAUAGAAGGAUGAAUUUCCAGCAAGAUCCACAACAUCCAACUUUGCUUGCUCUUGAAUCACCCACAUCAUGUAAUACAUUGCUUUCAUCUAAAACACAUCUUAGCCUGUUACAAAGCCACCCAAAAGAAUAGAAUCAAACUCAUUAAUAGCACGGAGAAGAUAAAUAAGCUCAGAACAUGAGGGAAAAUAAGUUUCAAGGCAACAAAAAAAAAUCCAUGAAACAUAGAACAAGAAGAGAAACAACAGCAAGUGACAUACAAACCCAUACUGGUCUUGAACAUAUACAUGAAAAGAUACAAACUAAUACAACCCUUUCAAGCAUAAAAGAAAAUGAAAUGAAACAAACUAAUCACUGUAGACUACAGACACAAAGAACUACAUGUCAGUCUUUCAAUUAGUUACUUCCUACCCCAUCUACACCAACUAGAAUUACCUUACUGACGUUACUCAACAAACUACCGCACUUACAAAACAUAAAUACCAGCAAAAUUAAAAAACAAAGAAGCAAGAUGAAAAGGAACAACUAAUCCACAUUAAUUAGGAAGGAAAACUGACCUUCUCCUAUCUCACUCUGCCCACCCAAGAGUUUCGAUGCAGGAUAUGACCAUCAAAUGGUUCCACACCCCCUGAAGAUGGCACCAUAAAUAAAAGGAUUCCGGUUGUGACCUGAAAACCAAUACCACCAAAGAUUGUGAGCUUCUAAACUGAAACAAAAGAGCUGACACAAAGGUGAAUGAUGAUCAAUAGAAACCAGAGGUCAUACUUUGCUCCACUAGAAUAUUUCACCAUCAUCAAACUGAAGGGUCAGAUCCCCUACCGGGUCGAGUUGAACGAAUUGCCCCGGGAAUUUGGUGUGCAAGAGAGAAAUGAUAAAUAACUGAGGAAGAGUAAAGACAUAAACCUGUAUAUGGUCGGUGGCUCUCACUACAACAAAAAGUCCCUAUACCAAGGGUUAUGUAGCAAGUGUUUAACAAACCCCUGCUAAAAUUUUCGGAACAUAUUCUAAUACGGUUUACACCGAGGGUUUAGAAACCCUUGCUACCGCCCAACUCUGUUUCAAUAACCAAACUGGGAAACUUAUUCCAAUCACUCCGCUUCUCUAUUUCAAGCUCAGUAUUGUCACUGAGAUCCGCCCACCCCCGCCACAUCACUCCUUCGAGUAAAUCAGUAAACGAAUUCAAAAAAAAAUUCGAGUUCUCCGAUCCCUCCCUCACCCCAAGCGAUUCUUCAGUCUCUCGUUCACUCCGAGCAGCGGUUCUCCGAUCUCGUUAACUCCGAUCGGCGCCCAAUCUCUUGGUCUCUCCAGCGGCGCCCGACCUCUCGUUCACUCCGUGCCAUGCCCAAUCUCUCGUUCUCUCCGGGCGACGGCAGUUCUCUCGUUCACUCCGAGCGGCGCCCGAUAUCUGCGAUCUCUCAUCCAUUCCAAGCAGCACGAUUCCCUGAUCUCUCUCUUCGGCUGGUUCAAGUGUUCGAUCUUCAGGAAGAUCAACCCUUGAAGGCAUGGAUUCCACCUCUACAUCUGCAUUUGUCAUUUGAAUUCCAGAAGUUUAUGAGACUGAUCAAUGGCAGGGACAAGGGAAGGAAACCCAAGUUGUUGAAGAUAUCUGCUGACCAACCUUGCUUUGGACGUCCAUGGUCCCUAUUUGAGGAUCAGGCACUUUUCAUCCUUGUACAUGAUAUGGGUCCUAAUUGGGAGCUUGUAGGCGAUGCUAUUAUCAACAUAGCUCUUCGUUUUAAUAUGGUGGCACUUACGUAUUGGAGCCUCGGCCAUGGGAAGCAUGUAAUAAGAACUAUCAAGUUCCCAUGUUGCUGAUAUGCAUUGGUCUGCACAUUCUGCAGACAGCAACUGAACAUUACAAAAACAUAAUGUUCCCCUUGAUAAAUUUCAGGAAAUUUUCUUCUAAAUAAGGUAAAUGAAUUUUAACCCUUGCAUAUGUAAACAUGCAGUGAAAUUGGAAUCAAUUGGCCAAUUUUUGCAUUCCAAAGGUGGCAAUCCCAGUGCCCUGAAGCUCAAUUUGUUGUUCAUCUCAUGUCAUGAUACUUAGCUAUCACUUUGAUUAUUCAACUGACACAGGUUGCAAGCUUGCAGGGUAUGAGUACCAAUGUACCUGCUCUAUUCCUUUUCAUUGGUGAGUGACAAGCUGCAGGGUAUGGGGACAAACGGACCUGCUGUACUCUAUUUCAUUGGCGAGCCUUCAACUUCUCUGUCAACUUGUUUGAGGUAAUUGACCAGAGGAUGAAUCCUCUUCCUAAUUUUAGAGAGGUUGAGGCUGAAAUUAACUUCAGCACAAGGAUUGCGUGAAGCAAGUCUACAUAGGUAAGUUCUUUAAAGCUGUAUAGUUAAAUCUAGAAGAGGAAUGGUGUCUAGUUCUUACUGAUGAAAGUGGGUGUUAUUAUGUAGGGGGAUUUGACACAACACAUGAAGCUGCUCGGUGAGAUUCUUCUCUUCCUCUCCUUUCAACUUUAUCUCUCUAGCAUAGGGUGGUCACUUUCUUGGCAUACCUUGGAACAUUAUUCUUCAUAUAUAACAUCUGAUCACCGGGUAGAUGAAAGCAUCAACAUGGGAUUUUGUUUGUUGUUUGCUGCAGAGCAUAUGAUAGAGUGGCGAUCAAACAGGUACAUACAGCUAGCUAGUGAGAUAGGGGAGGAUAUUGUUGCUUUUGAGAAUGUUUCAAACUCUUCUGACUAUUCUAGUUGUGUACUCAACAGUUGGUACUUGGUUUUCUCAGCAUUUUCUCAUUUAGGUUGUAUCCAUUUUCCUCUGCUUCUUUCUCAUGGAUUCUAGAAUGGCAGUCAACCCUUCAUAGCUGUUGUGUUGCUGGUAAGAGUAAUGGAAGAUAAUCUUGCCUACUAUUGGGUAUAUACUGAAAUAUACUUUUAAUACUAUUAAAAUCUAGGCAAAAUACACUUGUAUAGCCAAAACUUUGACGGUUUGGCCAAAUAUAGCCACUUUUGGCGAAAUACCAAAAAUAGCCAAUUCCGUCCAAUUGUUUGACGGUAUUAACCAAAUAGCUGACUGGACUAACGGAGAGGCUGAGUUGGCCACAAUUAUUCAAUUAAAGUGUGAGGUGGAAAAUAAAAAUAAAUUAUUUUUUUUAUUUUUCCUCUCCCAUCUCUUUUCCUUCCCCUUCCCAGCGUAAUCUCUCCCAUCUCUUUUCCUACCCAGAACAAGCCCAUUAAUCAAUCUUCCAUAACCCUUUAUUAUUGAGAUCAAUCAAUCCAUCCCUACCAUCUUCUGUCGUCGAUACCCCCAGCCCACCACCACCAUUUUGAAACCCCACACCCUUCCGGCUGUUGCUUGGAUUGUCGUCGCGCCGUAGCUCGUCCGCUAUGACCCUGCCCCCAAUCUCUCUUGGUCGAGUGAAUUAGAGAAGAAGGAUUCAGCCGCAACCGCCCUUCAUCUCUCGAUCUCGCCGCCGCCGCCUCCCUUCAUCUCUCGAUCUAGCCGCUGCCGCCCUUCAUCUCUCGAUCUCGCCACCGCCGCCUCCCUUCAUCUCUCGAUCUAGCCGCUGCCGCCCUUCACCUCUCGAUAUCGCUACCACCGCCUCCCUUCAUCUCUCGAUCUCGCCGUCGUCGAAUUGGAAGCGGUCGUCAUCAAUCAUAGCCGGAUCUGAGAUGGAACACUUUGUUGUGUGAGUCUCGUCGUUUGCGUAGUUAGCGGUGUCGAGAUCGUCAAUCAUAAACCUAUUUCCCCAAAUUCUAGGGUUGAGGAGAAACCCAGACUCCCAGAGAUGCCCGACCAGUCGACUGGAGCGAUUGAAGGGAUGGGCUGGAGCGACGAUCAGAUGGGUGGGUGCGGGGGAUUCGGGGGAGAAGUUUGGUGAAGAAGUGCGGGGGAAUCGGGGAAUCGACAAAGGUUGGUUCGUGAAGAGGGAGAAGGCAACAUACAAAGAAGGCAGGGAGGAAAGAGAAGAUAAUUAUUUUUUCUAGGCAAAAUCCAUCUGUAUAGCCAAAACUUUAACGUUUGUGACAAUAAUAGCCACUUUUGGGGAAAUACCAAUAAUAGCCAGAAUUUUGAAAGUUUGAUGACAAUAAUAGCCAUUUCCGUCCAAAACUUUAACGAUGUUACAAAAUUAUGUCUGUUAGAUUAACGGUAUGCUGACGAGAAUGCCAAAUCAUUGCCACGUCAGCGACAACUCAGCCUUAAUUGCCACACAGAUGCCAUGUCACAAUUCACUUCUAAUAUAUCUUAUAUUUAUUUUUCAUUUAGAAAAAAUAAUUAUCUUCUCUUUCCUCCCUGCCUUCUUUGUCUGUUGCCUUCUCCCUCUUCACGAACCAACCUUUGUCGAUUCCCCGAUUCCCCCGCACUUCUUCACCAAACUUCUCCCCCGAAUCCCCCGCACCCACCCAUCUGAUCGUCGCUCCAGCCCAUCCCUUCAAUCGCUCCAGUCGACUGGUCGGGCAUCUCUGGGAGUCUGGGUUUCUCCUCAACCCUAGAAUUUGGGGAAAUAGGUUUAUGAUUGACGAUCUCGACACCGCUAACUACGCAAACGACGAGACUCACACAACAAAGUGUUCCAUCUCAGAUCCGGCUAUGAUUGAUGACGACCGCUUCCAAUUCGACGACGGCGAGAUCGAGAGAUGAAGGGAGGCGGUGGUAGCGAUAUCGAGAGGUGAAGGGCGGCAGCGGCUAGAUCGAGAGAUGAAGGGAGGCGGCGGCGGCGAGAUCGAGAGAUGAAGGGCGGCAGCGGCUAGAUCGAGAGAUGAAGGGAGGCGGCGGCGGCGAGAUCGAGAGAUGAAGGGCGGUUGCGGCUGAAUCCUUCUUCUCUAAUUCACUCGACCAAGAGAGAUUGGGGGCAGGGUCAUAGCGGACGAGCUACGGCGCGACGACAAUCCAAGCAACAGCCGGAAGGGUGUGGGGUUUCAAAAUGGUGGUGGUGGGCUGGGGAUAUCGACGACAGAAGAUGGUAGGGAUGGAUUGAUUGAUCUCAAUAAUAAAGGGUUAUGGAAGAUUGAUUAAUGGGCUUGUUCUGGGUAGGAAAAGAGAUGGGAGAGAUUACGCUGGGAAGGGGAAGGAAAAGAGAUGGGAGAGGAAAAAUAAAAAAAAUAAUUUAUUUUUAUUUUCCACCUCACACUUUAAUUGAAUAAUUGUGGCCAACUCAGCCUCUCCGUUAGUCCAGUCAGCUAUUUGGUUAAUACCGUCAAACAAUUGGACGGAAUUGGCUAUUUUUGGUAUUUCGCCAAAAGUGGCUAUAUUUGGCCAAACCGUCAAAGUUUUGGCUAUACAAGUGUAUUUUGCCUUUUUUCUAAAUGAAAAAUAAAUAUAAGAUAUAUUAGAAGUGAAUUGUGACAUGGCAUCUGUGUGGCAAUUAAGGCUGAGUUGUCGCUGACGUGGCAAUGAUUUGGCAUUCUCGUCAGCAUACCGUUAAUCUAACAGACAUAAUUUUGUAACAUCGUUAAAGUUUUGGACGGAAAUGGCUAUUAUUGUCAUCAAACUUUCAAAAUUCUGGCUAUUAUUGGUAUUUCCCCAAAAGUGGCUAUUAUUGUCACAAACGUUAAAGUUUUGGCUAUACAGAUGGAUUUUGCCUAAAAUCUAUCAAGUAACUUAUUUUUAUACGUUAAGUAACUGUACAGUAGGUUAUUAUUUGAUUUUUAUACUUUUAGUGCUCAUUGAACUUUUGUGUUUGAUGUGUUGCUUGCUACACCUUAGGUGACAAUCGAGGUGGCUAUACAUGGUACCUACGAACUUCCUUCUGUUGACUGUAGUAGUGACAAAAUGAAAGAUGCUCUCAACUCUCUGGAUACCAUACUUGAUCAAAUUUUGGCAAGCAAUGUGCUACCAAGGAGAGGUGAUCGUAAGAUAUUUCAAAGGGGUAUUUUUUUUUGGCUUUCAAGGAUGUUGGAUCAUGACUAGAUCAUUAGGUUGUUUUGAGUACUUAGAAUAUUAUGAAUAGUAAACUAUGUUUCUUUCGAUUAUGUUUGAAUAUCUAUAGUUAUUAGCAUUUUACCAUGUAAAGAAUAUUAGUUUUUAUCAUAAAUCAUGGAAUGAAUCAUAAAAUAUUGAUGGGUAUGUAUUGUAUGAUUUGGCUAUCAAGAAUGAUAUUAAUAGUCAAAUUAGCAAGAAAAAUGCUUGGUUCUGGAUUUAUCUAUAGUGACCAGUGCAAUUGCAACCAAGUAAUAGUCACAAAUCUGCGUGGCUCUCUUUAGCAACGAUUUAUUUGUAUCUCUUUAGUGAUAGUUUUUAGUUGGUUGCAAAUUGAUUUAGCGACGAACAAAGCAAGGGUUUUAACCCCUACUACAAACAUCUCAUUAGUGAAUUUUACACUGAAGUGUAGCAAGGGUUUUAACCCCUGAUACAUAUAGCAGGGGUUUGAAACCCCUGCUACAACCCUUGGAUGGGACUUUCACCGUGGGUUGCUAAAAACCUUUGCUACACGUAGCAGGGGCAGCAUUAGGGAGGGUUCAAGCAGGGGUUGGUGAAACCCUUGCUACAACUGGUAGCAGGGGUUAAAACCCUUGCUAUAGGUAGAAAAAACCCUUGCCAUAGACCCAUUUUUUUGUAGUGUCUGUUUGUCAACCAAUAUACUUCAAUAUGAUGAACAUGAUGGCUACAAAGCAAAUUUAUAGUCAGAUAACCAAUACCAUAUUUGUAGCAUAGUAGUAAGAAGCAACUAAUAUUGAAUUGAGGAAGAAUUACAAUCUGUAGAAGACCCACCUCAGAAGCAUACCUGCUCCUACUCGUAUUUUGAGAUGAAAAUGGGAUUUUCCUGCAUGGCAAAAAGACAAGUUCAAAAACAAAUCAACCCUACUACUAAAUAAUUCAGGAGUUCUCACUCUUAUUUAGUCAUCAUGAGCAUCAAAUAGACAUGUAAGUAUAAGAGUGGUCCAUAAUGCCCUUUGUUUCUUGCGAUAAACUCAAAAGAACCAGUUUUAUAUUACCUAAAAGCAUACCAAAGCUCUUUGUUCUCAGGAUCCAAAUGAACUACAACAGCAAUCGUAUUAGUUGAUUUAUGAAAGUUCUGCAUUCAUGACAACAUAUUUCAAGGGUUGGUCGUCUUUGUUUGUCCCGAAGUAAGAAGAACAAAAAGCUACAGAAUAAAGGAAAGGAAAACAUGCUUUAAGCAGGUUCCCGACUAUACCAACCCUGUAACAUGCUUUAUCUUUGAAAGCAUUGCUUUAAACCAGCAGCAUCAAAUGAUUCUUGAUGAAGUUUUCCUUCUAUAUCAGGUUGUCUGUAAUUAUUUUAUAGAAGAAACAUAAUUUAGGAGCAUCAAUGGUUAAGAAAGAAAUAGUACCUUUCCCUAAGUCUAAACAAACAAAAGAAUACUAAAAUGCACUUCUCCCUACAUGCUACUGGAUAGGUUUAUACCAACAAAUCAAAACACUAUCGAGUUAAAUCCAGAACCAUAUGCAUGUUAUAGGCUAAUAAAAUAGAGCCAAAAGAUCACAGGUAAUGAUUAUGCUCUAUACUAGAAACUAUACACUGCAAGAAAACUAACUUAAAAUAACUUACUUCCUAGAAUCUCCACAACAAAGCAUCACCAUUUGUCACUGGUUAACAGUACUAGAACUACAAUAUGAUUCUACAUUUAUCUUAAGGGAGAGAAUAUAAAUGUCUAACCAAAAGGGCUCUGCUCUGAAAGUGAUUAUUGAACCAUGCUAACAUGAGUUUCCACCACAAAAUCAUGAAAGAAAUAUAGGAUUCCCAUAUUACGGAAAAUGGAGAAAAGAAAAGAGUUGUUUAGUUAUAUAAGGUAGGGAAAGCUUCCUUCUCUCAUUAGAGAAUGAAACCCAGAAAGAAAGAAAGGUGGGGACCCUAUGUAACAUCCCGAACCUUUUCCUGACAAGAUACUGUCCGCUAUGGGCCUCGACCCUCACGGUUUUCGACUUGGGGUGCAAUUCAGGGUGACUUCCCAUAAGGUUACCCAUCCUUGUUGUACUCCAUACUGAGCACGUUUAACUUCGGAGUUCUCACAAUAACUUCUCUGUUUCACCCCAAAACGCGUCUUGUCAGUUAAGGUCGGUUUCCUACUAAUGAACCAUAGAUCUCUCCCGUGCUUUGUCGAUGCGGGAUUCGCCUAAGGUGUUACACCCUAACCUAGCUCUGUACCAACCCAAUGAUCAAUAACACUAUAGCAUCGAUGUGGCACUCACAUAAGAUACAAAUAAUUCAAACUAUACAUCAAUUCAAGCUUAAGAACUUAUGGAAUCGGAACCAAGGGAUCAAUUGAUUCAUAAAUCAGUCAAAUACCCUAUGGAGAUAGAGUUCGAUUCUAUCAUAUGGGAAGAAGAACAACAGUGGCUUUCGUGCGAAAAGCGAUUGAACAUGUCUAUUUUCAGUAAGACCAGAGAAUUGAUAAAAGAGGAAUCGGGAUGGACUCACACAAGUUGAUGAAAUCCCAGAUGGCCAGCUACUGUUGAUCAUGGGACAUAUUGCUAGCGAUUCGAGAAGCAAUCGAUUGAGGAAAAUGAGAACGACGAAAUACAAAUCUCGAUGUUGAUCCACUUCACUCCAAUUCGCACUUUGCAUUUCGAUCUAUCCACAUGAACAACACCUUGACUCCACUGUCGAUAGAGCAUUGGAAAAGAAGAGAGUUCAAACCAUUUCACCGGCAAAUACAAAAAAUCACCAAGGUAAAACACUCUCCUUCUCCAACUUCCACCCUCCUCAAGCCUUUUGGGCCGCUCUUCUCUGCCUUCUGCAGUUUUUGAGCUUCAUCACCCUUUUUUAUUUAGUAGUAGUGUUCUCUAACAGCAUACCAGAGAUUGAGAUAAACAAAAGCCCAAGAAAAACAAGACCAAAGAGUCCACUUCUUCUUCCUCUUCUCCAUUUCCCAUAUAUAGCGUCGAGAGCCAUUAUUAUGGUUUCCAUCUAGCUAGCUCUAUGGCUUAUAUACAUAUAUGCAGAGAAGCUUCUUUACUACUCUGUCAGAGAGAAGGCUGCAUAUGGCAUCAAUGGUGUUUUGUGCUGGUGGAGAAUAGUUGCUCCUCAUCUUUGGUUUGCUCUCGUUAAUUUUCAAGUGAGUUUUGAUCAGUAGUAAUUUCUGAGAUCUCUUCUUUCUGGCUUGGUCAAGAAUAUUUACAUCAAUGACAGCUACCUAGCUAGUGGACUGUACACCAAUGAAACAGUUAUUCAACUAUUUGCUGUGGGAACUAAUUGAUCAGUAGCUAGCUAAGGAUCUAAUAUAUCACUUCGUACUUUCAUGUUGCUGCACUUGGUAAUUGUUGUUGUUUAUCUUUGUUUUCUUGUGUGUAGUCAAAGUUUCGGUAUCCUGCCUAUCUGGACAAGUGUAUUUUGCAAGCUGUUAACCGGAAGUGGGCAGAGUUCAAAUGUGAUCUAAAGAGCAAGCACUUUGGAGUUGGGAAAACAGUGGAGAGCAUUAUGGCUGAGGGACUCCCACAAGGUGUUACCAAUGUAAAUCAGUGGUACACCUUGGUAGCUAGCUGGUUUACAGAGAAAAGCAAGGUAAGAUUACUAACGGUUUACCAACAGUGGAAAGCAUUAUGCGUAACAUGUCUUAGUUUAGAUGCACAUGAUGAAAAACUCAUUUUCUCUUCCUGAAAAUGAGUAAAGUAAACAGCGACAACGCUAAGAAGAAGAAGCUGCAUCACACGGCACGAAGGAGGAGUAGCCGCAUCACACGGCUUGAAUUUAUGUUUUGCUUGAAAUUGGUUCCUUUUUUUUACACAAUUGACAUUUGUUCCUUAACUUCUUCGCUUUGAAGGGUAUCUGGAGUAGUGCAACCAGGUAAAUGUCUAUGGGAUGUAUUCCUUGGAGUUUGAGCUUUGCAUAAGUCACUACAAAAAAAAAAUGAACUUAUGCCAAGUGUUUCGUAGCAAGGGUUUUGGAACCCUUGCUAAUUUUUCCGGAAUUUUUUGUAGCAGCGCUUCUUUCAAAGGGUUCUAGAACCCUUGUGAUAGACCAAUAAUUACACAUGUUUUUACCCCUAUUCUUGAGCCGUUUGAGAUGUUGAUUCUCGUGUUUUAGGCCAAUUUCACGCUAGGUUGUGCUUGUUUGUGAUAUUUCAGGUCCUAGUACGUGAAUGAAGGUUUGGGAACGAGUUCAGGGUCGAUUGGACGAAGUUUGAACGUUUGGCAAGAAGCUGAGAAGCCACACGGGCAUGCCUAAAAGCCACGCGGCCGUGUAGGGGACCCCUUGUUGCCGUGUGGAAAUUUCAGGGAACUCACACGGGCACCCUGGAAGUCCACACGACCGUGUGGGUCGUGGCCGUGUAGGAACCCUGGUAGUGUAUUGGUUGUACGAGAGUCAAUCAAUUCAUUGCUUUGUACUGGAAUUCAUUCUAGUAGUGGAGAUCUGUGUUAAUCGCCUUAGCAGUCUAUCCCGGUGAAGGCUAGUCGCUGCCGGGUAUUUUGUCUAAGAGGGCUUGGUCAGCUUAAGAGAUUCCAAGCUAAUUUAGGAUCUUCCUCAGUUUAAUCAACAGUAGAUCAACCAAAGGUAAUUGCAACUUGGACCUAAUUGAGGAGCUAGGGGGAAUCAUACCUAAGUGAGUUCCCAACUUGUAAUUAGUAGAGUAGUUAGUAGAGUAGUUUAGUAAAUCAAUCCUUAAUCUAGUUUGCUAGAUAAUGAACUGAAGCUGAGUAAUAGUAACUCUAGAGACCCGUGGAUUCGAUAUUUAUUACUUGUGCCACUAUACUGCAAUCCCUUUCAUUGGUUACACUUGGCCAUUUUUAGGUGUUGUGUCGUAGCGAGUCACCUUGCUACUCUUAAACCAAAUUUCACCGAAACGUCCCUGCUUCCCCUUUCACAUUUUUCAUUUUUUUGGUAGCAACGAUUAUUUUCAAAGGUCCAGAACCCUUGCUAGAACUUAAAACAAAUUCUAGCCCCCUGUUCCAUUUCACGAUACGAGAAACCCCUGUUCCAUCUUGCCGAUUCUGCCGGAGUGAGAUCAGAGAAUCAACGAUCGGAUUUAGAUCAAAGCAUCCGAAUACAUCGCCCAUCAUCACUUCGCUGACUCUGCACUCGUGUUCUUCGACUACCCAUUUUUAGAUUUGGGUGAAUUGGUUCAAUUUUCAUUGUGGGUCUAGGAGUUGUCGGCGCUUCGCUCGGGCUUGUCGUCGGCAGAACCUGGUUUUGGGUGGUGAAGUCGUUGAUUUUCUUAUACUUCCUCGCACCAUCCUCCUCAUACGUGAGAGUUAUGGGCGAGCUUUCAAUUCCCUCUUAUUGGUUGCUUACUCUAACUAGAUGGUAUUUUUUGUUGGCUGUUCGUUUGUUUGGUUUUUUCAUCCUCCAGCAAUUCAAACGUACGUAUGGACAACAACUCGAACUUGCUUGCUCUGCGCUGUUCAUUGAUGUGAUUGAGGCAACAAUUUGGGUUUUUUUGCCUUAUAGGUCAUUGUUGUUUUACUUAAACUUCUGGAAGCAGUUUGGUAUUUUAUUAGGGAAACUUUCUUCUCGAGCCAAACAACUCAGUUCAUCCCAGUCCAACUUUUGAUUGAUAGAAUCUAUUGAUUUUGACUUGCAGUGAUAUCUAUAAUCGGCAAAAUGGACAAGAGCUGGAUGAAGAAACAUAGAACGAGCAAUGAAUAUAAAGAUGGAGUACAACUUUUUCUUGAUUAUGCAUUUCAAAAUGCAUCUCAGGGAGCAAAGAUAUUGUAUCCUUGUAUCAAUUUUGUAAAUGUAUAUGCACAAACAUGUGAAGAUAUUAGGGUGAAGCUUAUUUGUGACGGUAUUCUAAGAGGAUAUACUACAUGGGUAUUUCAUGGAGAAGAUUUAUGUUCACCUCAAGCUAGUGAUGUUGCUACUUCUUCUUCGCCAUGGGCAAAUGUUUUGGCUACGGAGAAGCUAUCUACCCCUAUUCAAUCAAAUCCAGCAAUGAGAGCAGAUUUGGCGGGGCUAUUUCGGGAUGUAUUUCACCGUGAAGACCUAGUGAACAACGAACCAACUUGUGAACAAGAUGGAAAUGUCUUGGAGGAUAGUGAUGAAGAAAAUGAUGGUGAUGAAGUAAGGGAUGGUCUGUUGUCCAAUACAGAUGGUAUAGAAGAUUUGAUAAAAUAUGCAAAUGAGGAGCUAUAUUCGGGAUGCAAGACAUUUUCAAAGCUAUUGUUUCUGAUGCACUUAUAUCACCUCAAGGUUCACAAUGAUUGGACUGCAAAAUCCUUCACCAUGUUACUUGAGUUGUUACUGCAAGCAUUUCCGGAAGGUAUAUCCUUAACAAAAUCUCAUUAUGAUG